UGACAAAACAAAUAGCUGCGAAGACUCAUUGAGCUUCUAAUGGCUGUGUAAAUUCCGUCUGCUCACUCUCAUCAUUCUCAAACAAUUGAAAUAGUUCAUGUCCUUUCGAAACGUUUCCAGACGAAUCCUGGCUUCCAAUCCGACGCAGCGAGUAGCAGCACUUUCUUUCCAGUUACAAAAGCCGUUCACGCGCACCAUGGCUUCCGUACCGAGCACGAUGAAGGGCGUGAUCAUCAACAAGACUGGUGGGCCCGAAGUGCUCGAAUACAAGACAGAUCUGCCCGUUCCACAGCCCAAGGACGGCCAGAUCUUGAUCAAGAACGAUUACAUUGGAAUCAACUUCAUUGAUACCUACUUCCGAUCGGGCCUCUACCCAGCUCCCAGCUUCCCUUACACCCUCGGUCGCGAAGCAGAAGGCACAGUCGUGUCCACCGGGACGGGGGAACUCCAUGGCUUUCAAGAGGGAGACAAAGUGGUAUGGAUGGAUGUAGGAGCAUACGCCGAAUACAGUGUCAUCCCCGCCGGCAAGGCUGUCAAGGUUCCAAGUGACAUGGAGCCCAAGAUCGGGGCUGCUGCUCUCCUACAAGGUCUUACAGCUUUGACACUCAUAAGAGAAGCACAUCCAGUGAAGAAGGGAGACUGGGUUCUGGUACAUGCAGCUGCAGGAGGUACCGGACUGUGGUUGACGCAACUACUGAAGAGUGUUGGAGCAAACAUCAUUGGAACGGCAAGUACGCCAGAAAAGGUCGAGCUGGCUAAGAAGGCGGGAGCUACGCAUAUGAUCAACUACAGCCACGAAGAUGUGAAGAGCAAGGUUAAUGAGUUGACAAACGGUCAAGGAGUUAUUGCUGUCUUCGAUGGCGUUGGCAAGGAUACUUUCGACCUCUCGCUCGACAUUCUGGCGAGAAAAGGCUCAUUGAUGUCCUUUGGCAAUGCUUCUGGCGCUGUUCCGCCUGUAACGAUCGCAAGACUCUCGGCCAAGAACUUGAAGUUGUUGAGACCCGCGCUCUUCGGAUAUUUGGUUACGAGGGAGGAAUUCGAACAUUACACGAAAGAGCUUUUCAACUUCGUGUUGAAGGACAAGUUGGACGUCAGAAUCCACGAAGUGUACCCGCUCAGUCAGGUGGCGAAGGCACAUGAGGAUCUGCAGGGGAGGAAAACAACUGGCAAGCUGCUACUGGAUCCUAGCAAGUAGAAUAUACAGAGACAACAAGCAACAAAAGUUCGCAAAAGCCAGCUCUUGCGGCAACUGAAGUGAGACCUCGGCC